AUGGUAAUGAUGCGCUACGUGCUGUGUAUCCUCGCUCUCCUGCUCUCAUGUGCGUGUGUGCACGUCCUCGCUGAAGAAGUGCCUGCCGCCGAUCUUUCCGACCAACUCCCUGAUACGGAGAGUGAGACAAAGAUUCUCCUUCAAGGAGCUCCUCAGUGCAAUGAUGGUACUGGAGGAUCUGGUGACAGUGAAUCUUGUGCAGAGACUGCUGCUCCUGGUGUUGGUGCUAAAGGGCGUCACACCCACGGUCACCAUAAUCAGUCUGAAGGUAAUCAACCGGGUAGUCCUGGAGGUAGUGUCCUAUCUUCUCAGGCGAGUGAACUGGGUAGUGAAGUUGGAGUCAUUACUCCUCAACACGGGAGGGAGAAUGGGGAACGUGCUGCAGAGGAUUCUGCAGGGGGAGAAGUGGAUUCUGCAGGAAAGGGUCAAAGAAAUCAACAGCGGCAAGAGAGCAGUCAAGAUCCAAAACAAAGUGAAGAAGCAAAGCCUGGGGUGACAGACAACUCAAAUAAAGAAGCUUCACCACAGCAACCUCAACAAACUGACGGCGCACCCAGUAAUAAUAGCGCAGUCAACACCAGUGCAGCCAGUGGAGAAGGUACAGGUGCACAAUCAUCUCUUCCUUCUUCACCUUCGCAAACUGAUGGAACUGCGGAAGGUGGUAAUUCUGCAGAGACAUCAACGAAUAACUCAGCGAGUACGAACCCUGAAACUGACAGCACAUCCACUAAUGAGGAAUCAACUACUACCACCACCACAACAACAACAACACUUCCUCCUGAGUCUGCAAACAACAAGAAGGGUGAUGCAGACAGCAGCAGCAGUAUCAGCAGUUCUGUGUGGGUACGUGUAUCACUACUGAUUGUGGUUACACUGGCCUGUAUUCUUGUGUGCUGA